AUGUCGCCAGCAGAUUCAGGCCCGAUGAAGAUCCCCAUGGUGGAUUUCUCCGCCUGGGCCAACGCCCAAGAUAAGGCCUCCAGGCGACGUAUCGCGCAGGAGCUGAUUGAAGCCUGUCAGACCGUCGGUUUUGUCUACAUUGUGAACCACUCUCUGUCUGGGCAUGCUAUCGACGAGGCAUUCAGAUGGUCUAAACAAUUCUUUGACCUGACGAAGGAUGUAAAGAUGAAAGCGCCGCACCCCGAGGGAUGGGCCAUCCACCGCGGAUACUCGUGGCCGGGUCUGGAAAAGGUCUCGCAGACGAUUAGCACAGGCGACGACGAAGAAACGCGGAAGAAGCUCAGGGAGAUACCGGACGCCAAGGAAGUCUUUGACAUCGGCAGCGAAGACAACACAGACCAACCCAAUCGGUGGAUACCCGAUGAUGACUUACCGGGAUUCCGUGAAUUCAUGACCAAUUUCUACUGGGAGUAUUGGAAAGUCGGACGAGAGCUGCUUCGUGCCGUCGCGGUGGGCUUAGAUCUCCAGGACGAGGACUACCUGGCGAAGAAACAUUCAGGCCAUGACAACCAACUACGUCUACUCCAUUACCUGCCAGUGCCCGCGGCCGAUCUCGAAAACAAUCGGGUAGGCUGGUGCUCGGCACACACAGAUUGGAGCUCGAUGACGAUGCUGCUCCAGGACGAGUGUGGAGGACUGGAGGUCGAGGAUGUCACUAAGCCAGGCACACCGGCUCCGAUCUACAAACCACCGCGUGAGCAUGCCGCCUCUUGCGGAUCGGAUUGA